AUGGAGUUGGAGGACAGCCUGUUGCGCAGCUACCUCAUAUAUCCCACCUUAGUCGACUGUGCCAUUCAGUUGCCCAUCCGAAGGGUAGCUCUGGGACUUCACUUUCCCAGUCAGUUGUAUGACUUCUUCAAACAAACCUUAAUGCAUGUACGGCGUGGCGAGCAUCGUCACUUGCAGGCAUUCAACGGCGACAUAUCAUCCAGUGUCCUAAGCCUCCUCGACAGUGAUCAAGGUAAUGGCAAACAGCCCCACCUCGUCAGCGUCUACUAA